AUGUCAUCGUAUCUCUUAGCCGUUUUUGUAUCUGAGUUCACUUACAACGAAGCACGCACAACCAGAGGAGUUAGAGUUCGGUUGUGGUCAGCUCCUGGCUCAGAAUCUCAAAGAGAUUACGGACUUAAAGUAGCAACGACUGCCCUAAGGACAUUCGAAAAGUACUUUGGACUGAAUGAAGUUAUGUUAAAGCAAGAUUUGGUUGCAUUGGAAAACUUUGGAUCAGGUGCAAUGGAAAACUGGGGCUUAAUCACCUUCAGAAAAAAAUUGCUACUGGAUCUUGCUGUGCCAAACGCUUCGCCCAAUAUUGUAGAUCUGUUGGAUAACAAGUACAUUAGGCAUAUGGCUAUCGAAAGCGUUGUCACUCAUGAGCUUACACACCAGUGGUUUGGCAAUCUGGUAACACUGGCCUGGUGGGAAGAACUCUGGCUGAAUGAAGGUUUUGCUGAAUACUUUGAAAAUCUUCGAUUAGUAAGUCCGGCUGACGAUGAAUUGGCAAUUGAUUAUGUUAUGUUCCUUUCGGGAACUGAGGAGGCCAUGCAAGUGGACGCGUCAGUCAGAAGUCGACCUAUCUCAUCCAUAAUACAUGAAUAUCACGAAAUUCGAAAAUCUUUUGACACUAUCAGCUACAAAAAAGGUGCUGCAAUUAUUGCGAUGCUACGUGCAGUGUUAGGGAACAAGAAUUUUAGAAGAGGACUGACGCACUAUCUCAAAAAGUUUGCCUACAAAUGCACCAAAAGUGAGAACCUGUUUCAAGCUAUAUCUGAGGUCAUAGAUGAGGUUGAAGGACCAAAUGGAUUAACUUUAGACGUAUUGCACUUUGGGACUCAAUGGACAAAGAUGAUGGGCUUUCCAUUGGUGACUGCAAGAACUCUAGGUACCAGAAUAGAGAUAAGACAGCAACGCUACUUAUUGAAUACGUCAGUUCAGGAGCAUGAGAAAUAUCGCUUCCACCGUCAAGAGUACAAAUGGGAUGUACCCAUAUGGCUCACGUCUCGAGAAGGCGACACUACUCUGAAAUGGUUGAAAACGAAUGAACCACUUUAUGUGAAAUUGGAGUCCUUGCGUUUGCCGGUAAUAAUGAAUCCUCAUCGCAAUGGAUACUAUAGACAGAAUUACGAUAGUGCUGCAUGGAUGCACAUAGCAAGACUGCUGAAGCAAAAUCAUACGGUUUUGGAUCAUUAUACGAGAUACGUGCUUUUAUGCGAUGCAUUUUCUGCGGCAUUCAUCGGUCAACUGGAUUACGGAAUUGUAUUCGAGCUUAUUCGGUAUGCUCAUGCAUCCGAUGGUGGAGAACAGCAUCGUUUGCCUUGGAAAGCAAUCAUAGAUGGGUUUGAUAAACUACUAACUAUGUAUAGACUUGAAGAAGAAGAUGCUUCGAGCGUUAAGUCAUACAUGCAAGCAGUGUUGUUUCCAUUUUACCGUGAAAUCGUGUUGCAACUUCUUGGUCAAGAAACAGAAUUUGGUCAGAGUAUAGCAAAACGGAACAGCAGGCUGCCUCCGAGGGAGCGUAUCGUUGGAAUGAUGUCGGAAAGAAAAAGAUGGAAAUCCGUUAUUGACAUAAAGGCUGCGGUGUCUCUUCUCAGUUUGUACUGCAAAAUUGAAACAGGAUGUUCUUCGAUGUUUCGUAUGCUUUUCGAAAGUGGGGUCCUUCGUGGGUGCAGUGGCUUUGAAAAAGCAAGUCAAUGUGUACACAUCUACGACAGUUUCAAAGGAAUCGCAUACUGCCAAGGAGUCAAAGAACUAGGAGUUGCAGCAUUUAGAAAAGUGGACGAUCUACUAAAGCUAGAAGAUGAUGCAGACGAAAAGGAGAAACUUGCGACAGGGCUUGGCUGCGUGCAAAAUAUUACCCUUCUAAAAAGGAAGCUUCUUGAAGCUCUGGACAUGGAAAGUAAUUACAGUCGAGAAGAGAUAGUCGAACUGUUCGGGAGCGUUGCAAAAAAUCCACUCUCAGAUGAGUGGAUGCUUUGUUUUUGCAUUUCAAACUGGAAGGCAAUCUAUGAAAGGGUAACGGAUUCAAUAACCUGGAUUGUCAAAUCGUGCUUUUCCAAAGUACGUUCCCAUGGAGAAGUGCUGUUGAUCAAAGCCCUUCAAAAAAGCGGCUGCAACGGUUGCGAUCACAACGCCAUACAUAUAGGAUUGGAGCAGGUGGAGCAUAGAAUCCAUUGGAUAGAAAGAUACUCAAAAAAAGUUUCCGAAUUGGCCCAAUCGGAGCUAGAAUCCCUCCGCUAAACAACAAAAAGCCGACUUUCAUGGCUUUGAAGAUUAACAUUUGUUUUGUAACAGAGUGAGC